UUCCGUGUUUGUGCGAUUAGGCGAGUCUAUAGCAAGCCAGUGGCAGGGAUAACCCAGCUCCAUUCAUUCGAAGGAAUCAACGCAGAAACCAGUCAAUAUGUCAUAUGAACUGAAGCAUGUAUUCGCUAGCCUCCCUCAGAUGGAGAGAGGGGUAGCUAAAGUGCUUGGCGGCGACCCCAAAGGGAACAACUUUCUGUAUACCAACGGGAAGAGCGUUAUCAUCAGGAACAUCGAUAACCCUGCCAUUGCUGAUGUCUACACAGAGCACCCUCACCAGGUUAUUGUGGCCAAAUAUUCCCCCAGCGGCUUCUACAUCGCCUCUGGAGAUGUGUCAGGAAAGAUCCGAAUCUGGGACACCACUCAGAAGGAGCACCUGCUAAAGUACGAGUACCAGCCAUUUGGCGGGAGGAUUAAAGACAUUGCCUGGACGGAGGACAGCAAGAGGAUCGCAGUGGUUGGAGAGGGACGAGAGAAGUUUGGUGCUGUGUUCCUCUGGGACUCUGGCUCAUCCGUCGGUGAGAUUGUGGGUCACAGCAAAAUCAUUAACAGUGUGGACAUUAAACAGACUCGCCCAUACAGACUGGUCACGGGCAGUGAUGAUAACUGUUCUACAUUCUUCGAGGGACCACCGUUCAAGUUCAAAUUCACCAUGAGCGACCACAGUCGUUUUGUGAACUGUGUACGUUUCUCUCCUGAUGGAAACCGAUAUGUCUCUGCAGGUGCAGAUGGACAGAUCUUUAUUUAUGAUGGGAAGACUGGUGAGAAGAUUGGCACGCUGGGCGGAGCUAAGGCUCAUGAGGGUGGGAUCUAUGCUGUAAGCUGGAGUGCUGACAGCACUCAGUUGAUCUCUGCAUCAGGGGAUAAGACAGUGAAAUUAUGGGAUAUGGCAACAGCCACUGCUGUGACCACCUUUAACAUGGGCCCUGACGUUCUGGACCAGCAGCUGGGCUGCCUGUGGCAGAAAAACCAUCUCCUCAGUAUCUCUCUUUCUGGAUACAUUAACUACCUGGACAAGAACAAUCCUGACCGUCCCCUCAGAACCGUCAAGGGUCACAGCAAAUCCAUCCAGUCUCUGACGGUUCACAAAAAUGAGGGACGAUCAUACAUCUACUCAGGCAGCCACGAUGGACACAUCAAUUACUGGGAUGCUGAGACUGGGGACAAUGAUGAGUUUCUGGGAAAAGGACACAGUAACUCAGUGGCCAAAAUGACUGUGGAUGAAACCAAUCAGCUGGUGACCUGCAGCAUGGAUGACACUGUGCGUUUCACCAGUCUGUCCAAGAAAGAGUACAGCGCCUCUGAUGCGGUGAAGAUGGAUGUGCAGCCAAAGUGUGUGUCUGUGUCUUCUGGAGGCUUGGCUUUAGCUGUGUGUAUUGGACAGUUGGUUCUGUUGAAAGACAAGAAGAAACUGUUCACUUUGGACAAUCUGGGUUAUGAGCCUGAAGCAGGUGCGCUCCACCCGGGGGGCACCACAGCGGCCGUCGGCGGAUCAGAUGGGAAGGUGCGUCUCUACUCCGUGCAGAGUAACACCCUGAAAGAUGAGGGGAAGGUUUUGGAUGCCCAGGGGCCGGUGACAGACAUGGCCUACUCCAAUGACGGAGCAUUUUUGGCAGUGACUGAUGAGAAGAAAGUCAUCACGGUCUUCAGUGUGGCAGACGGAUACCAGGUGAAGAAUGAGUUCUAUGGUCACCAUGCUAAAGUGGUGUGUAUAUCCUGGUGUCCAGAUAAUGACCACUUUGCCACUGGAGGAAUGGACAUGAUGGUAUACGUAUGGACAGUCAAUGACCCGGACAAGAGAAUCAAAAUCCCAGAUUCUCAUCGGUUGCACCACGUCAGCGGCCUGGCCUGGAUAGACGGACACACUCUGGUCACAACAUCACACGACGCGUCUGUGAAGCAGUGGACUUUAAAAAUCUGAAAGGCCUUCCGAUCAGCAGGGACAGGGACUACUGUAAUAUACACCUCUCUCUCUUUUUCUCCCUCCCUCCCUCACUCUGGUUUCUGCAUAUUAUUGCUGGUAUUUCUCGUGUCAGCCGCUGAAUUGUAAAACCCAUAUGACUCUGCCAGGGGAGAGCUCAUAUCCGAGACAAAAAAAGAUGAAUAUAAUUGAGGCAGUUUAUCUUUCAUUCAGGCAUUUAGUUGUUUAACUGUUUGCACAGAGAGGAAAAAAAAAAUAAGAGUCUAUAGACAUAGAAGCACUUGCUGUACUGAGAGCUAUCCAUAGAAAAAAAAAAAGAACAGAGUCUCAAAGUCUCUUAGCUUGACAUUCCAGAGGUGAUGACUACUUCACCUCAGCUCUAACCCAAUAUGGCUCUCUAUAAAAUCUUCAGCUUAACAUGGCUGCUCAUCUGUGUUCAGAGCCAAAGGUUCUACUUUUUGGCCACCUGUUUUUGUUUUUGUUUUUGUUUUGUUUUUUUCUUUUGUAUGACUUAACAUAUCUGUGUCACUCAAAGCCAGGUUUUGUGAGGAAAGGAGUGUUUUGGGAGCAAUAAUUACAACAUAAACACAAGAGAAAUUGUGAGUGGACUAAAGUGGAAAAAGAAAAAAAAAAUUCCCGCCUCCAGUGAAUGCUCCUGCGCCUCUUGGUGGCUCACUCUACUCAUGUCUCUCUUUUCAUAAAUAGUUUUUUUUUUUUUCUUGUUUUUCUUUGGAUGCUUCCACUUUUCUCAGUUUAAUGGAUGUGAUUCAUAAUAAUAUUAA